GAAAUUAGGACGCUUAUCGUAAGACAUUUACAGCACUGUGCUCCAGCAAACCGAGCUCGUUCUUCAUCAUAAACUGUUGUCAGGGAAACGUCUGCCCGCGCUGGAGCUGCGACCUCAUUUUGCUUUCAAACCUUGCCCAGGACCUGUUUGUAUGCGGACCCGCGUUCGCGCGGGCUCCGCUAUGAGCCUUCAGCUCCAAGAGGGCAAGUAGUGGGAGGCUCGGCCAGCCAGCACGAGGAGCUGUGACUGGCCGGCCUCCCAGAAACGUAUUACAUAACACAAGCAGGAGCUAUGGGCGUGAGCGACGUAGCUGGCGGCGUCUUGGCGUCGUCGCUGGUGGCCCCGGCGCCGGUCGACCAGUCGACCUUGGAGUCGGCACCGGGCAGCCCGCACAGCCCCGCGGCAGCAGUGCAUGCCGAACCAGAUACCAGCCACCAUCACCUCUUCAUCAACCGCAUCCCUCCGCGCCUGCCGAAGGAGGAGGUGGAAAGCCUCAUCACCACGCAGCUAAAAAUGCAUCCGCACCUCGUCAUUCAGGUUUCAAAAUGCAGCGUCAUCCCUCAAAAUAGCCUGAAGAAUAAGGGCUAUGGCUUUAUCACUCUGGACGGGUUCCCAUCACCUGGCGACCUCGACGCCAUCGCAAACUCCUUGAACAACAAACUUCAGGUGGGCUGUCGCACUCUGGGCGUGCGCGUGUGCACGGACUGCCACAGCGCGCUGCUGCACGAGGGCGACGCGGACGCGGACGACCCCAGCGGCGGCUCCUCAGCCUCCCCCGGGGCCACCUCGCCGCCCAGCGAGCCAGCCGCAGCCGCAGCCGCAGCCGGCCGCACCGGUGCCGGACCGGCGGACCUGGCACCGCCUCACUCGGGCGGCAAGGUCCGGGCGCACGGGGCGCAUGGGGAGGGCGCGCUGGAUGGCGGCGUGGCAGGCAAGAAGGCCGCGGCGGAGCUGCUGCACGACGCAGUGGCCGAGCUGGAGAAGCAGCAGCAGGGGCAGCAGCCGCAGCCCCAGUCGCGCCGCCGGAAACAGAGCAAGCACCAGCAGCAGGCGGCGCUGCAGGCGGCGCAGUCGACGGAGCUGGGGUCGCAUCAGGCCGCGGGUCCCGCCAGCGGAGCCGGUGGUCGUGGUGCGGCGCGCAUGACGGCGGCGGUGAAGGAGGGUGCCCAUGCGGCGGCGGCGGCGGCGGCGGCUGGGUCCGCGGGGGCUGACUCUCGUGCGGAGUCGGACCAGACGGCGGCGGCGGCGGCAGUGCAUGGCGACGCAGCGGUGGCGCCGGUGGGAUCGCUCAAGCUCAAGGACGCCAAGUCCGCUCCCGCGGAGCUGGUCGUCCGUGUGGUCUGCAGCGAUGCCGGGGACUGUGACGGUGGAGGCGGAGGCGCUGCGGUGUCUGCACGCGCGGCUUCUGCGGCGUCCGACGUGGAAGUCGCGCUCGCAGAGGACGUGUGCGCGUCUGGCGGAGGCGGAGGCGGUGCGCCCGCUGACACUGCCAGCAGCGCCAGCGCCAGCGCCACUGCGUCCUCCGCCGCCUCGGCCUGCUCCUCCUGCGAGUCGGUGCUGGUGGAGGCGGCGCUGGGGGAGCUGGCCGAUGUGGGUCGGGGCGAGGGCGAAGGCGAGGGUGUGGGCGAGGCGGAGGCGGCGGGCGAGGACGAGCAUGCGGUGGCCUGCUGCGCCCCGCCUCCGCCGCCGCCGCCCCCGCCGCCUCCUGGGCUAGCGCCCGGCGCAGGCAGGCACGUGCAGGCAGCCAGUGGCGGGCCGAUGGGGAUGCAGCGGGCGGCGACGGCUUCGGCGGGCGGCCGGCAGGCGGGGUCACACGGUGUGCAGGCACCGCCCCCGCCGCCGCCAGCCUCUCAAGGGCGACUAGCACAGCAGCCGCCACCGCCACCACCGCCGCCGCCGCCGCCGCCUCUGGGAUCACAGUCACAGCAGGGCGGGGGCGGGGGCGGGGGCGCGCCUCUGAGCCGCAACUCCCGCGGCGGUCCAUCGGCAAGCGCAGUGGGCGCGGCGGCACAUGGGCCAGCGGCUGGCAGUGCUCAGCAGCAGCUGGGUGCUGCCGGUGGCCCGCUGGGGCAGGGGCACGGGCAGGGGCAGGGGCACGGCGGCCGCGGCCACCCGGCUCAUCACCAGCCCCCGCCGCCGCCGCCUCCCCCAGCACAGGGGCAGCACGAGGGAGCGCAGGGCGCCCGCUCCGGCGGCCCCCGGCAGCAAGCACAGCAGCACGUCGGGCAGAUGGGCCUGCACGGCCCCAGCCCGCACAGUGUGUCGGCGCCCCCGUCCAUGCGGCACCCACACCCGCACCCGCACUCCGCGUCCGCGGGCGGUGCUGCCAGCCCCCUGCCUCCGCACGGCUCCGGGAACGGAUAUGCCAACGGCGGCGCCUCUCACGUGCACCACCCGCAGGCCGGUCAUGGUGCCGCCAGCAGUGCAGCCUCCGGCAACGGCCUCCGGCGCCACCACCAGAGCGCCGCCGGCACUGCCAGUGCACUGGACUCAGCCCUGUCCAAGUACGCCUACGGCGCGGGCAGUGGCGAGGGCAGCGGCUACGCCUCGCCGCGCCCGCACCACCACCAGCAGCAACAACAGCAGCAGCAGGCGCCGCCGCCGCCGCCGCCUGCGGAUCGCAGCCACACGGGCCAGCCUCAGCACGGGCAUGUGCACAACAACUACCACAUCUCGCACAACGGCCAGCAGCAGCAGGCGCACGCGAAUGGGCGCGCGGCGGGCUUUGGCGGCGCCGGCUCCGGCUCUGUCGCGGCCGCGGCCUCCGCCUAUCCCCAGUCGCACCCGCUCCAUCAGCAGCAACAGCAGCGGGCUCAGGCCCAGGCCCAGCAGCAACAGCAGCAGCUGCUGCAGUCGCUGCUGCACUCGCAGGUGGCCGCAGCGGCCGCGGCGCCGCCUCCGCCCCCGGCCGCUGCGGCAUCGGCGUGUGCGCUGCCGCUGCCCAUGCACAGCCCUCAGCAGCUGCUGCAGCAGCUCAUUGGCAGUGCGGUACCAGGCGCCCUGGCAGAUGCGGCCUGCUCGGACAGCCCCAUCGCGCACAUGGUCAUGGCGGCAGCAGCGGCAGCAGCGGCAGCGCAGUCGGGCGCGCCGCCACCGGGCCUGGCGCCCAGUGCAGCCACUGCCGCCGCCCAGGGCUCCUGGCGGCCGAGCGGCGGCGGCGCGGCGGGCCUUGCGAUGGCGGCUGAGGUGGAGGCAGCACUGGAGGCGGAGGCGCAGCGGCGCAGCGCCUCCCGCCUGGGCGCCGCCCGCGCCGCGGAGCAGCACCUCCACCUCCAGCAACAGCACCAGCACUUCCCGCAGCACCAGCAUUUCCCCAGCCAGCAACAGUUCACGCAGCCUGACCAGCAGCAGCAUCAGCAACACCAGCAGCACCAGCUAGGCCCUGUGGCGCUGUCGGCGGGCGGCGCUGCGCCGCUGGCGCCCGCCGCAGCCUCGGCCUCCGAGCCGCGGCCGCCGCCGGCUGGUGCGCUGCUGCGGCUGGGCCGGGGCAGCUCCGACGGCGGCAUGGGGCCACUGGGGCCGCUGGACUUUGACCCGCUGGUGUCCGCCAGCCGCGGAGGCGGAGGUGGCGAUGUGGAUCUGGACAGCGGCGAGCUGGAUCCACUGGAUUUCGAGCCCAUGAUCCUGCAGCUGCUGGAGAAUGACGACGAGGACGAUGCCGCCGCCGGCACCGGCACAGGCGGAUUCGGCGGCCUGGCCAGCAGCUUCGCCGGCGGCGGCCUGGGCACGCUGGGCGGCGGCGGCUUUGGCGGCCUGGCCGGCGGCAAGGGCGGCGGCGGCCAUCUGGGCCUCAGCCUGAGCUUCGGGCACAGCCUGGGCGGCGCGGGCACUGUGGUUCCGCCGCCGGCAGGUGGCUUCGGGCCCAUCGGCAGCACCGGCGGCGCGGCGGGCCCGGGUGCUGGCGGAGGUGGAGCUGACGGCAGCGGCGGCGGCGGCAUCAGUGGUCCUGGCUUCAGCCAGAGCCUGGGCCGGCAGAGCCACAUGCACAACAUGCACAUGCACGCGCUGUUGUUUGCGCAGGGGCAGGGGCAGCUGGGCGGUGGGCUGGGGGGCGGCGAGUAUGGUGUCGCCGCCCCCCCCGGGCCCGCUGGGUCCCAGGGCCUGUCGCACAGCCUGCAGGCGCCCAGCUACGCCGCCGCCCACCUGCACCAGCACCUGCCGCUGCACCAGCACCAGCGGCAGCAGCUGCUGCAGCAGCAGGGCGAUGGCGCUGGCGGCGGCCGCUUCAGCCUGGGCGAGCGGCCCGCGCCCUCGCCUCCCUUCCAGCCGCACAGCUUCGACCCCCACCUGCACGCCCACUCGCAAUUCCGCCGCAACCUGCUGCCCUCGGCGGCGGCGGCCGGCGGCGCGGGCCCGCAGCAGGCGCCUGCCCUGCCACUGCAGCACCAGCACCAGUCCCAGUACCGCGGCGUGGGCGGCGCGCUGUCGUUCGGUGGCGGCGUGCAGCCUGACUCCGCCUCCACUGGCGGAGCCGGUGGCGGCUGGUCGGCGACUGGAGUGGGCGGCCCGAGUGAGCUGCUGCUCAGCGGCUAUGCCGGCCUCGGGGUCAGUGGCGGCGGCAUCGGCGGCGGCGGCGGCGGGCUGUCCUCUCAGCAGCUCGCGGCCUCGGCGCCCGGGGCCGGGGCCGGCUUCAUGCCUCAGCCACCGCACGCGGCAACUGCGGGCGCCUGUGCGGGUGCGGGCGCCUGUGCGGGUGCGGGUGCGGGCGGCAGGGCUACGUCCACGUCGGCAGCUGGACCAGGCGGUGGCGGUGGCGGUGACUGGUCUCGCGCGCCCCAGCAGGCGAGCGGCUUGGGUAACGGAGCGCCGUCAGGUGGCGGGGCCAGCGGCGGCAGUGGGUCUCGCGGUGGCCAUGGCGGCGGCAGUCGCGGGACGGGUGGCGGCUUUCGGCGGGGCGGUGGCGGCGGCGGCGGUGGCGGGCUUGCGCGCGGCUCGGUGCCCCUGCAUGGCGGCUUCUGGUAGACGACCUGGGGCGGCGGCGGGGCACCGGUCGCACGUUGAACAACACCUGGAAUAAGCAGUACUGUGUCCUCAUCAAGCUGAACAGACACAUGAUGAAAACGUCUCACGUCCAUACAUGAGGCGCACUUUUGUGCAUGCGCCCUGAGAAUUGAAAUGGCGGACCUGGCGGCAGGUAGCAGCGGCUCAUUGGUGUGUGCUGGAGUGGAAGCUGGUGUGCCGGCAGGUGGGUGUGCUGCGGUUUCCUGUGCUGCAGCCACCUCUGCCGCCGGGGCUGGGCUUGCGGCUCUGCUGCUGUGGACCGGAUCGCGGGUGUUGAAAGGUGCUCUUGUGCAGAAUGCUGGUAAUGGUAUUUGGACACUAUCUACGGACCACGGGAGCGAGCGAUGCAGUGAUGAUGUCGGUGGCAUGUGUGUAUCCGGCUAGCUGAGUCUUGGCGGUGGCUGGCUUGUGCUUGAUGUGCAGCGGGGCUGUGGGGUGAUGACCACGGCUGCAUGGAGGGGGGGGAGGGCGCGCUGCAGUGUUGCCUCUGGAAGGGAAAGGGAGCGGCGGCCCGGCAUCCCGGCGCGGGAGGAGGAACGCGCGCGAGUGCGGGCAGAGACACGCGGCAGGAGUAGAGGCGAGGUAGGAGGCAUGGACACCAGUUGGCGGCUGCGGUGGCGUCACGCGGGUAUGGGGGGGCUUGGCUUUGUCGUGGCCGGUCCCCUCAACACCACUGGAUGCUUGCUCUGUGGUGCUGGUGGGUGGUGUUGGUGAUUUGGAGCAGGGGUUAGCGGUAGUGGUUGACACAGAUACGCCGCGCAUAGGCAGUAGGGGCGCUGUCUGUCGGUACAUUGUUCAAUCUCUUUGCUGUUGGUUUGUAGAAGCGGCAAAACUACAGUCGGUAAUUGUUGUUGACAGUGGUAGGCUGAUAAAUGUUCACCUCAGAAUGAGGCCGAUGGCUCCAGUCGAUCAUUUGCGUCGACGGUACUAGCUAAGAGAGUCAGAGGCAGCCCUCUCAAUCCUCCCAGAUGGUGCGUGAUGGGUAUUUGGUCGGUCGGUUCGCAUGCCGGUACUACAGCUAUGUGUGUGGGGUGCGCAAACAAGCUAUUCUUUGAGUGUGCGGCGCGGCUCGGACCCACGUAGAAUGCUGCGCCGGGGAUGGACUCGGGGUUGCGCUGCCGUGCUCGUGUGCGCGGUCGCAACAGUCGCCAGGGCGCCGAGGUCUGUCGUGCCCGGUCCCUGGCGACGGGAGCGGAGGGGGCUGGUGCUGAGUGGUGUGUGUGCCGGGGCGUGGGGGCGGUCGCGUGGACGCGGUUGUUUCCGCCUGGGUUUGGUGUGCCCGGCGGGGCACUGCGGCGCGGCGGCUGGCAGCACGGGUCCGGCGCAAUGGUGCCCGGGUGCCCCACACGAGUGCGUCAGAGGGUGCUGGUGGGUGCCGGGGCCAAACGGGGCGUGUUGGGCUGCCUGGCGAUGGCGGCGUAGCGGACCUACUAGGAUGGAAAAGCAUUUAGACGUCACGACAGAAGACGUGCGUAUGAGAGACCAAAAGCGGUAAGGCGCUUGCAAGGCUUCCCGGAAAUAUGCGCGGGUAUCUAGGAGAGGUUAGUGUAGGCAGCAUGGAGCAGUUGGGUCGCAGGAGAGUGUGUGCGGGCUUGCGGGGCUGGCUGCAACAGGAGGCGCAUCCGUGUUCAGGCGUCGCCAGGCGGGCAGGUAUGGCCCGGAGUCCCGAGUCCAGGCGCAGCGGCACCGGGAGGGCUGGUGGCACGACGCCGUCACGAGCCAUGAGCUGGUGUGGGCGGCGGCGUCGUAACGACGGGCUGUCACGUGCGGCAGUGGAGCGACGCACGCAUGUAAACAUCGAGGCCA